AUGCUCCUGAGAGACGUGUUUCUCGCUCAGAAGGAAUUAGUGAAAAGUAUUCGUAAUACAGAGGUCAAUACUGGCAUUGAUUUUGAAUGCGAUAAUACUUGUACUCAAGAGAUAUAUGCUGAAAACAGGCCUACGACACAAGAAAAUAUUGGCAACACUGAUAAUUCUACGCUAGGUCCGUCAACCUCUAAGAAACGAAAACCAAUUAAAUUACAAGAAAAACUAGACAAAAGGGAAAUUCAGAGGCUAAAUUUACUUGAGGCACUAAGCUGGUUUAUGAUGAGUUCCCUGCUGACGGAUCGAAUUAUAAAAGAAUGCCUAGAACAAGAAGAUAGUGAAGAAGAAAAUGUGUCAGAAAUAGAAGAUUUUGAGGAGCAUAGUGAUCAUGAAAGCGGAACAGAGCAAGAAGCAAGUGAUUCAGAUGGGUCUUCAGUGUCGGAAGAGAGUUUUCCUUCGAAUUUACAAAUUGAGAAUACUGAAGAUGAAGAAUAUUUAGAGGAUGUACCGCUUAAAGCGGCAUUUCAAACAAAACCAUGCGAAAUUCGAAAAAAGUAUCCAAUGGGCUCAGCUUUGAGGACAGAUUUUAUAAAGAAAAAGAAGAAAGAGCUAUUUUCACAGCAAAAUAUUUUUGUAAAUCAACAUGACGAAUUGGAAGCCAUGGUCAAAACAUCGUAUGAAAUAUUACUCUUGGCUAAAAAGAAAAAGCCGUUUUCUGAUGGGGACAUUAUAAAACAGAGUUUGACAAUUUUUGCGCAGAACUGCAAUGAUCAAAAGGUUAAAGCCAUGGCAGAUAGUAUUUCACUUUCGCGCAACACAGUAAUGAGGCGAGUAGAAGAAAUGUCAACAGACAUUAUCAGUCAAAUUACAGAGUUUGUCACUAAAUGCAGAUAUUUUUCACUUGCAUUGGACGAAACCUGCGAUUUAACAGGUACAGCGCAGUUAGCUGUUUUUGUACGCUGUAUUGAUGACAAUUUUAAUAUAUUUCAUGGUUUAUUGGACCUUUGUCAACUUGAAACUACUACCACAGGAAAGGAUAUAUUCAUGAAACUCAAAGAUUGCGUUGAGGGUAAGAACCUAAACUGGGAUAAAUGCAAUUCAGUUUGCACAGAUGGAGCACCUGCGAUGAUGGGGAAAACCAAUGGUGCUGUGGCUUUGCUACAAAAUCACAUCGGUCGACAAUUGUUUUCUUAUCAUUGUAUUAUCCAUCAAGAAGCUUUGUGCGCUAAAGACAUGACGUUCGAUGAUGAGAUUAACCCAGUAGUACGUUGCAUUAAUUUCAUACGUGCCAGAGCACUUAACCGCCGACAAUACAGAACGUUGUUUGAAGAAGAAAUUAAAGAAUACUGCAAACUACAUCUCUAUUGCGCUAAAAUCGAGAACCAAUAUUGGGACCACGAUAUGAGGUUUGACAAUGUAAUAGACGAGUUGAUCAUAAACCUGGGAAACGAUUCAGAUUCUGAGGAGGAUAUGGAAAUUGAAGACAUGUAUAGUAAUGAAGAAGAAGAAGAUAUGGAUUAA